CAGUGAGAGCCAGGCCGCCGCCAUAGCCGCUCCCCGGGCAACGAAGGAGGAGAAACCGUCGAAUUUUCUCUCUUUUUUCUCUGUCUGUCUGUCUGUCUGUCUGUCUAUCUAUCUAUCUAUCUAUCUAUUUAUCUAUCUAUCUGUCCAUCUAUCUGUCUUUCCGUCUAUCUGUCCGUCUUCUUUCUCUCAUUUACUUUUUCUGUCUUUCUCACUCCUUCCAAUCUCUCACGUCAAACAGCUCACCGCUCGCUCGUUCGCUCGGUUACUUUCAUUUCUCUUCCUCUUCCUCUCUUGUUCACUCUUACUCUGUGUUCCUCUUUUUCUUUUUCUAUCUUUCUCUCUCUCUCUCUCUUUUUUCUCUCUCUCUCUCUCUCUCUCUCUCUCUCUCUCUCUCUCUCUUUUACCCCUUCGGUCGUGCGUGCGUGCAGUGCGUGCACGUUUCUUGCUCGUAUUUGCGCGUACCGUUUAACGUGUCAUCAAUCGUACCGAUCACGCUCCAUUUAUGAUACGCGUUUUUACCAUUGCAAAAGGAUUUUCGAUAGGAGCAAUAUAAAGGAAAAAGAAAAAGAGAGAGAAGGGCGAGAGAGAGAGAGAGAGAGAGGGAGAGAGAGGGAGAGAGAGAGAGGGAGAGAGAAGUAGAGAGAGAGAGAGAGAGAGAGAGAGAAAGAGGGCUGGCUAGUGCGUCAAAGUGUAUUCUGCGAAAAUGUGAUCCGGAACAAAGACGUGGUGCGAGGAGCUUACGUGUCGACUAGGUGAAGUGUCGAAAGGAAGAGUAACGCCGCGCGCGAGAUGGUGCGCGAUAAACUCAUACGUCGUACAUAUCCCGUCGAUGCGACGAAAACUUGUUAGAUAUAUACGACAAUCAAUUCAUGGAUUUUCCUGCUCGAAUAAAUGUUCGGAAGAAGUAAACGAGCGAGCGAGCGAAUGAACGAACGAACGAAAGAAAGAAGAGGACGUGGAGUUCGGACACGUGUCGAAUACCACGAGCCAAGCAACCCCCUAUCGAAAGAUAAGGGAAUCGAGAUUAACGGCUGGGCUGAGGGUUGACGGGGCGAUCGGUGAUGCUUGACGUGAAGAGGAUCGCGUAGGUCGUCCAAGCACGAAAUCUAGCGCGCUUCGUCGAAGGAGCGGUAGAUGCGCGAGACACUUGUUGCACGUUGCACGACUGCUAAGAAGAGGGAGGGAGAGUGGCUUGGAGGGUGUUGCGAAAAAAAUCCAAAGUCGGUGAGAGAGAGAGAGAGAGAGAGGUAGGGGAGAUAGAAAGAGAUAGGAAGGAGAGAAAGAGAGAGAGAGAGAGAGAGAGAGAGAGAGAGCGGAAGAGAUGUCGAUCAAUCGCUCGAAUCCGUUCUUCCAUCGUACUUCCCUUCUCCAAUCGUUGAAGGAGAGAUCCUUCGCUUUUGGCCAUCCUUGAGAAAGAAUCGUAUUUUCAAAAUCACGUUCCCGAAAAGAUCUCUUCGGUGAUCUGUUCGGCUAAAGUGGUAGAAGACCAUCGAAGGGUUGGUUCUAAGGAUGAACGGAAGAAACGCGACAAAACGAUACGGCCGGUGACAGCGGUGGUGAGGAGGCAUCAGCCGGCAGCCAUUCUGGAGACGAAAAACAGGAUCUUCGCAUCCUCGUCGGAGCCGUCCUAUUUGGCCGGCCGUUUCGUUUGGAGGAAUAAGAAGAGAAGAGAAACGAAGGAAAGCUGGAUCACCUACGUGGAAUGUCUUCGGGCGCCAAGCGACUGGUGCAGUCGCUUAGGGGCCGAACCAGUGGUGGUGGUGGUGGUGGUGGUGGUGGUGGUGGUAGAAGCAUCGGCGGUGGAGGAAGCACUCGUUCGGAUGGCAUCGUCGGUGAAGUUAACGUCAUUGGGUCCGCCGGUUCUAGCACCAGUGCGACCAGAUUGUGCCAUUAUGACAGUGGCCACGAACUCGACGAGAUCUCCGUCGUCGGCGGUAGCGUCGCCGUUACCGGCGGCGUUGUCAUCGGACCUCUUCCCACUCCCACCACACCUUGCCAUUGCACCACUCACAAAUAUGGCAGCGGACAGACCCUUUACAGCAUCGCCGGUCUCCCUCCCGCCCCCGCCGCACCCGCUCACAGAGCUCACUCCGGCGGUAUCGCAUCGACGGCCGGCGGAACGAUCGACCGUCUAAGUUGCGGUUCCGUGUCCGCGUUAGGAUACGACAUCGUCGAUAAACACAGGGAUGGUGGUAUCGUUGAGACGCCCGGAGGAAGAAGAAGAGGAAGAUCGGUGCUCGCGAGAGAGAGGGAGGAUGACACGAAGAGCGCGAAGAGCGCGGAGAGCGUCUCCAGGGGCGUUCUACACUCGAGACAAAGCCUCCUGGAUCUUGUUAGCAGCAAAUUCAUGAGCCGACACACACCGACUCAUCACUACUAUCAACAACAGGUUCAGCAGGUAUACUCUGUGUCGCAGCGAUACUUUGGCUCGUCCCGCGACUCGCUUCAGGGAGCCUACGUGAAUCGCGGAGCGAGCGAAUUGGAUCUCAGUCGUAAACCGAGGAGGAGGGACCAGCAGAGGGGUAGGAUUAAGUUGCCAUACGCGGUCGGUGCGACCCCGUCGCGCGAUCAAUCGCAUCUUCAUACGCCGGCCUCCAUCAACCACCUAAGUAACUUCAGCUGCAACGGCACCGAAACGAGGUAUACGGCCCAGCAGCAACAACAGCAACGCGGUAGCAGAGGUUUUCCCGGUCAAGCUGGAACGAAAGGUUUCCGUACCGGAGCGCCAAAUUGGUCCUUCAUAUUUGAUCCCGCGGGACGACUUUGUUAUUAUUGGUCGAUGGUGGUCUCUCUCGCCUUCCUUUACAACUUUUGGGUCAUCAUCUUUAGGUUUGCCUUCCAGGAAAUCAACGGCGAAACGUAUUGGAUUUGGUUCUGCCUGGACUAUUUCUCGGAUUUUUUAUACGUCCUGGAUAUAAUCUUUCAUAUUCGAACGGGAUAUUUGGAGGACGGCGUUUUACAAACCGACGCCACGAAACUUCGGAAUCAUUACACGAACAGCACUACGUUUUACAUAGACAUUCUGUGCCUGCUGCCCCUCGACUUUUUAUAUUUAUCUAUAGGAUUCAACAGUAUGCUGCGAAGUUUUAGACUCGUUAAAAUUUACCGGUUCUGGGCGUUCAUGGAUUGGACCGAGCGACACACGAACUAUCCAAAUUUAUUUCGUUCCACAUCCUUGAUACAUUAUUUGCUGGUGAUCUUUCACUGGAACGGGUGCCUCUUUCACAUUAUUCAUAAGAACAACGGUUUUGGAAGUAAGGAUUGGGUCUUCAGCAACUCCGAAACCGCGGACGUUGUAAAGCAGUAUCUACAAAGUUACUAUUGGUGCACCUUGGCACUGACCACCAUCGGCGAUUUACCCAGGCCAAGAAGCAAGGGCGAGUAUCUCUUCGUAAUAGGUCAGCUCCUUUUUGGUCUGCUCCUAUUCGCCACGGUACUGGGACACGUGGCGAACAUCGUAACUUCGGUCAGCGCGGCACGAAAAGAAUUUCAAGCUAAGUUGGACGGUGUGAAAACUUAUAUGCGAAUGAGACGGGUGCCGAAUCAUCUGCAACAGAAAGUGAUCAAAUGGUUCGAUUAUCUCUGGUUGACGCAAAAAUGUUCCGACGAGGAGAAGGCCAUUAGCUGUCUUCCCGACAAGUUGAAGGCCGAAAUCGCGAUAAAUGUACAUUUGGAAACGCUGAGAAGGGUUGAAAUAUUUCAGAACACAGAAGCUGGUUUCCUAUGCGAAUUGGUGCUUAGACUGCGACCCGUUCUUUUCUCACCUGGUGACUACAUUUGUCGAAAAGGUGAGGUAGGGAAGGAGAUGUACAUAGUGAACAGUGGUCGGCUCCAAGUUGUGGCCGACGACGGGAAGACGGUCCUCGCCACCCUUAAGGCGGGUUCCUACUUCGGGGAGAUCAGCAUUCUCAAUAUGGGGACUGCAGGUAAAGAGUGCGGUAAUCGACGAACAGCGAGCGUGCGGUCGGUCGGCUACUCGGGUCUCUUCGUUCUCAGUAAAAAGGACAUGUGGGACGUCCUCAAGGAAUAUCCAGCUGCCAGAGUACGACUGGAAUCCAUUGCGGUCAAAAGAUUGGAAAAGUACAAGAGAGCGCCCCUUAAGAAGGUGGCUAUGAGCAGAUGCCAGAGUACGCCAGGUUUGGUGGAAUCACAUGCACGAGUACCACUAGAGGAUAUGCUGGUGUCAUCGUUAGACGAAAAAUUAAGAGGACAGGGUUAUGCCAUAGGGGCCGGAACUCGUUCGCUAUUUACUCCGAGCUCGAGCCCUGUGCUGACGCGAGCUGCCGUUGGUGUUGCCAGCGUCGCUACGAGCAUCGCGACAGGCCCUAUUCUCCCCGGUAACAACGUAAACGUCAACGUCAACGUCAACAACGUCAACGCCAGCAGAAGUAUGGACAGCCCGAUGAGUGCCACCAGCAGCGGACAGAGUAGCGAGGAUCCAACUGCCAGGAUGCCUCGAUCGGUUGCGACUCAACCCUCCACCGGAAGGCAAUCCACUCAUUCCGGUAUGACGUGCAACAGCAUGACGCAAUUGAUGAGCGAGGGCGCGACACCUCUUCUCGACACGCACGAGACUCUUUUGGCGGAGAUCAAGCGACUUAAGGAGCGUCAGGUAUGCUUGGAAACGGAAAACGCUACGCUGAGCGCUAAAUUGAAUCAACAACAGUGGGAGGUCGAGCAACGUUUGGCAGAAAUCGAGCUACAAAUUUGCGGAGCGAGUUCUACGUCGAGCGUCGAAGACAACAACGAACGUAAUCGCGAGAGCAUCAUUUAACGAGAAACAAGGCCGCGAGAGCGCGGCAAAGCUAAGAU